GGCGUGCACGAGGACCUUACUCUCAACGAGGGGAAAAAUUUUCCAUUGAAUUUCUGCGAGGAUUGUAGUCGCAAUGCCUCCUCGGAUACGCCUCACAAAUGCCCGGGUUCCUCAACCCAUUCGGUGCCAGAGGGUCCUCCACCAAUUUGAUGUCGCCAUUCCAGUCCGUUAUGCCAGUACCGCAACGGCUACGACUCCUGCUCCCUCGAUUGAGCAGAUGACCAUUUCUCCCGCUCCCAUCGCCAGAUUCCCUCCCUCUCAGCCCCCAUCGCACCGCAGACCCGAGUUCCGACGCUCCCAACUUCUCCGCCAAUACACCUCCAUCAUUCGCACUACGCCUCUUAUGGUCUUCCUUCAACAUGACAACCUUCAAUCAGUCGAAUGGGCCGCUAUUCGACGAGAACUCAGCAAAGCUAUGCAAAAAGUUGACGCGAAGAUCGCUGCGGAAGGCCGGUCCACUCCAGCUCUGGCCCCCCAUAUCAAAAUUCAAAUCAUCCAGACCAGCAUCUUCGAGGUUGCACUGCGAAUUGUGGAGUACUUUCGACCAGACAAGGCCACACUGGAGAAAGGCAAGUCCCCCAGCGCAGUCGACCCAGCCACGCAAACAUCCGCGGAAAUUUCGCUCGCCGGGUCUAAGGACGACCUAACAUUGACACACGAUCUCUCGCGUGCGGCUCAGGCUGCAGUGCGCAACAUGAAGGGGAAGCACGAGCUCUCUACCCUUCUUGCCGGACCUAUUGCUGUCCUUUCUAUUCCUUAUGUGUCCCCAGAACACUUGAAGGCCGCCAUGACAGUUCUGGCUCCCAAAGCCUUCGGGUAUACUGCGCCCACUCGAAGAGCGAACCCCGACUGGCACGAGCCUCACGUCCAGAAUGGUCUGAACAAACUGAGCGUACUUGCUGCACGCCUGGAUAACCAGUUGUUCGAUGUUGACCAGACGAAGUGGGUUGGAAGUAUUGAAGGUGGUAUGGACGGUCUGCGUUCUCAACUCAUUAUGGCAUUACAGAGUAUGGGAUCCAGUAUUACGAGCACUCUGGAGGGAGCUGGCAAGAGUUUGUACUUCACUCUUGAGAGCAGGAGAAGUGUGCUUGAAGAUGAGCAGAAGGGCACCAGCGGUGAGAAUAAGGCAGAGUAG